AUGUCGCGAGGCUACGAUCGCUCUCUCGUCACUUUUUCUCCCGAUGGUCAUCUGUUCCAAGUAAGUUACCUCCUCUGCGUCGCCGCUGGCCGCUGCUCGUCGUCCACCUUCCUCCCUCCCACAAACUCAAAACUGACCACCCCUCCUCCCCCCUCCCUCCCCUCCCCACCCACCCCUCUCAACCUACACCUAACAGGUCGACUACGCCCUCGAAGCCGUGCGCAAGGGAACCUGUGCAGUCGGUGUAAGAGGUAAAGAAGUCGUCGUCCUCGGCGUGGAGAAGAAGUCCGUCAUGCAGUUGCAGGACCCGAGGACGGUCAGGAAGACGGCGAUGAUUGAUGAUCAUGUUUGUUUGGGAUUCGCGGGUGAGUUCAUCGUUGGGAGAUUUUCGGAAGGGGGUGGUGUUGUUUGGACGGGGGAAGGGGGGAGGGGGGAGGGGGGAUGGGUGGGUGGGUGGGGUUGAUGACGCGGCGUUGCUUGGGGGAGGAAUGACUCGGUUGGGCAGGCGCGGUCAGCCUUACUCGAGGUGGUGAGGAUACAACGGAGCUAAUUCCUUCUACACCAAUUACCCUACCCGUUCAGGCCUGACCGCGGACGCGAGGAUCCUGGUCGACCGAGCGAGGAUGGAAUGUCAGUCGCAUCGAUUGACCGUCGAGGACCCCGUCACGGUCGAAUACAUCACCCGACACAUCGCCGGUAUUCAACAGGUGAGCAAUAUGCAGAGAGAUUCACUCGGUUGUGCUCUCACCGCCUCAACGACUACGCAGGACCCUAAUCGACGUUUUGCCUAUCGUUCUUCUUUUUAAAAAAAGAAAUACACCCAAUCCGGCGGGAUGAGACCGUUCGGCAUCUCGUGCCUGAUCAUAGGCUUCGACCACGAUGACCCAACCCCUCGUUUGUACCUGACCGAACCGUCGGGGAUCUUUUCGGCCUGGCGAGCGAACGCGAUCGGGAGGUCGUCCAAGACCGUGCGUGAGUUCUUGGAGAAGAAUUGGGUCGCCGAUUUGGACAAGGAUGAGGCGGUCAAGUUGGCGGUCAAGUCCCUUUUGGAGGUCGUGCAAACGGGGGCGAAGAAUAUCGAUCUGGCCGUCAUGACCGGUCAUGGUCAAGUUAGGGUGAGUUGAGGGGGAACGCGGAUGCGGCUGCGAUGCGGAAGGGCCAGAGAGAAUGUUGUUUCAAGUGUUUUUUUCUCUCUGAGCUGAGCUGAACCACGCUGCGACGUUACGAAUCCCUCCCCCCCUCCUUUUCCCACAGAAUUUGACAUUAGAAGAGAUCGAAGCCGUCGUUGCGGAGAUUGAGAAGGAGAAGGAGGCCGAACAGGAGAAGAAGAAGAAUCGAUUGGCCGCGACGGCCGCGUCGAGGGAAGCCAUGACCGCCGGUCCGAGUGUGACGCAGUCGUUGGGGGAGGUAUAG